GCUGCACUCCAGGACCACGCUCUGUGCUUCUGGUGAAUGAGGAGAUGCCUGUAGCUGGACUGUCCAAAGGAAAGGUUGCAUCACGUUCUCAGCUAGUUAAGCUCCUUCAUGCAAGCUUUACAAAUUCUUCCUGGUUGUUCAGCUGUUGUGAUUUUGGCUGCAGGGAGUAUCUAAAACCCCAGAAGGUUUCAGACCGUUCCAAUCUCGUCUGAAUUUUCCACGAUGGAUAACUUGUGGAGUGUCUGUUAGGUUUGGAGGUAUGUGCUGCAAUAGAGCAGUUGCAUGUGAAGAGAAGACAGAGUGCAAGUCGCUGUCAGAGGGUUCUGUCUGCCUGAGCUGGGCCUGAGGAGCUGAGCCAGCUGCCUGGCACAUCAACAAAAUCCAGAAGUGGAAAAGCCAAGUCCCUCUGCCACAAUGAGCUCUGAACACGAAGAAAUUGAUGUUGCAAAAACGGUUGUCAACGGUCUGACCAGCAAUGGACAAGAAAAAGAGACGGACCCCACUAAAGUCUGCAGUGGAAAAGGAUCUGUGACCCUCAGGGCAUCUCCAGCCCACCAAGAGAACCAGAAUGUCCCUUCGCCGUGUCCUCAGGAAGCUGAGCAACCUCAAAAUGAUUGGAGGUCAUCGGCUAGCGUUGAUGCCAAUGGGGAUGCCCAACCAUCUUCCCUGGCUGCCAAGGGCUACCGGAGCGUGCGCCCCAACCUCUCCUCAGACAGCAAGCCGCAGGGCCCAGGUCCUGUGCUGAAUGAAGUGCCCCAGCCUGGCACUGGCACCGACUAUCCAACCUCCUUCACUUCAAUCAGCAAGUCUUCCUCUGCCUAUCCUUCCACCACAAUCGUCAACCCCACCAUUGUCCUCUUGCAGCACAAUCGAGAACAGCAAAAAAGGCUUAGUAGCCUGGCAGACUCAGUGCCAGACAGACUAGCUCCUGAUAAAGUUGAUUCAGCGCUGGUUCGGGACAAGCCAGCUCAGGGGACGGUGCCAAGUGAGAAGAAAGUGAUGGAGGAGAAGAGGAGCCUUGUCAAGAGCCCCCAGCACGUGGCUGAUAGCUCCGUGGAUGACAUUGGCAUUCCCCUGAGGAAUACAGACAGAUCCAAGGACUGGUACAAGACAAUGUUCAAACAGAUCCACAAGCUGAACAGAGAUGAGGAUUCAGAUUCAUACUCUCCCCGUUAUUCCUAUUCUGAGGACAGCAGAACCCAGCCUGCAGUUCCCCGCUCCAAGAGUGAGAUGGACAAUAUUGACUCAGAGAAGGUUGUUAAGAGAUCUGCCACCUUGCCACUGCCAAACCGUACCUCAUCGCUGAAGUCAAGCCCGGAAAGGACUGACUGGGAGCCUCCAGACAAGAAGGUGGACACCCGAAAGUACCGCGCGGAGCCCAGGAGCAUUUAUGACUACCAGCCAGGGAAGUCCUCAGUUCUGAACAGCGAGAAGAUGACUCGGGAAAUAAGCCCAGAAGAGAUAGAUUUAAAGAAUGAGCCUUGGUAUAAAUUCUUUUCGGAGUUGGAGUUUGGGAAGCCGCCUCCAAAAAAGAUUUGGGAUUAUACUCCUGGAGAUUGCUCUAUCCUUACUAGAGAGGAUAGAAAGAGUGAUCUAGAAAAAGACCUCUACCUCUACCAGACUGAGUUAGAGGCAGAUUUAGAAAAAAUGGAGAAGCUUUAUAAAGCGCCACAUAAAAAGCCACAGAAGAACACAGCAGGUGCUGCUCCUCUGGAGACUGCCACAGACCAUUCUCCCUACUCCACAUAUUCACCUAACUACCAUGCAGUGAAGAGGGAGCCAGAACCAGCACUGGGGGACCCUGCUGGCUUGGAGAAUGAGAGGCAGAUUUACAAGAGUGUGCUGGAAGGUGGAGAUAUCCCAUUCCAAGGGCUGAGUGGUCUCAAGCGACCUUCUAGCUCAGCUUCCACAAAAGUGGAUCGUAAAGGUGGGAAUGCUCACAUGACUGCACCCUCUUCAGUCCAUAGCCGAACCUUUAACGCUAGUCAUACCGGUAUGUUAGGUCACGCAUGUAAGCAUAAGAAGCCCUUGUCAGCUGCCAAAGCCUGCAUUGCUGAAAUCCUCCCUUCUAAAUUCAAACCCAAGCUAGCAGCUCCGGCUGCCCUUGUGCAGGACAAGAAGGGUACCUUGCUGUCUCACGAGAAAGCUCAAAGCUGCGAAAACCUUCGUAGCUCCGUUGCCUUGUUCGAUAACGAAAGGUGUGUCGCGGUAGCCGUAGGGGAGAGCGUGGCAAACACGCUGCUGCGCUCCAGGCAGGAGUACGCCCUCAAAGCCGGCAGCAGCGUGAGCCUGCAGGAGUACGGCAGCGGCGCCGGGACAGGACCCGCGCUCCCCGCCGCCAGGAAGAGCGGGCUGGAGUUCACAGUGCUGUACAGAGACAUGCACCAGAUCAACCGCUCCCGGCUGCAGCUGAGCGCGGCCUCCUCCUGCAGCGUCAGGGACAUGGCGUCCCAGUUCGAGAGCGAGGCCAGGGACAGGGCGGAGCGGAGCCCGAGCCGGGGGGACCCCGAGCACAUCCCCAAGCACACCGUCUCCUCCCGCAUCAGCGCCUUUGAGCAGCUGAUCCAGCGGUCCCGGUCCAUGCCCGCGCUCGACUUCUCCGCCGGGCACACCAAGCUCACCGCCUGCCUGCAGCCUCAGGCUUGCCUCGGCUCUGCCUACUCUGCCGAGUUCCUUCUGGAUUUGCCGCCAGCCCAGCGAGAGGAGAAGGAGGCCGCCGGCCCGGCAGACAAAUCCUCUCGCUCCUGCAGCAACGUGGAGGACGCGGCUUCGGACGCGAGCGACGCCGCGGCGCUGGACACGCUCUCGGCCUGCACGGACGAGCUGGAUCUCCUCUCCAACGCCUCCAACGACAGCGGCGGCAGCCUCGGCGGGCCCCAGAGGCACAAAAACAACAGAUGCAAAGGCUCGUGCCCGGCUUCCUACACCAGGUUCACUACCAUCCGAAGGCACGAGCAGCAGCAGGCCUCCAGGAACCCCGACCCCUUCAGAGGGGACGUCUGUGGGGACCGGCACGCGCUGCCCAGAAACGUCUACCUAAUGAGCCCGCUCCCCUUCCGGCUGAAAAAGCCCUUCCAGCACAAACCCUGCAGGACUCCGCCCCCAGGCUGCGCGGGGAGCCCGGCAGUGCCCGGCCCUGACAGCCCAGAGGAGCCCCCGCAGCUGCAGGGGGGCGCAGGAGACGAGAGCCACCAGCCGCAGCAGCAGCUGAGCUCCAGGGGCCGGCCGCCGGCCCCCAGGCGCCUGUCCUCCUUUGACGUCCUGGACAGGCUUAGCUGCUUCCCCGGCCUGGGAGCCGGCUUCACGAGCCGGGCUCACGCUCCCGACUCCUUAAGCAAUGGCAACCCUGGUCCUUAUGCCCUCUGGCACGGCCUGGACACAAACAACAACCCGCACAGUGAACUCGGGACGUACCUAGGAGAUUCAGAGUCACCAAGGCAUUUUGCACCGGUUGAUUACAUGGAAACCCCCGAAGAGAUCCUGCGCAGGCGGCACGACGACAAAGAGAAACUGUUAGAGGACCAGAGACGGCUCAAACGUGAGCAAGAAGAAGCUGAUAUUGCAGCUAGAAGGCACACAGGGGUCAUUCCAACGCACCAUCAGUUUAUCACUAAUGAGCGGUUUGGGGACCUCCUAAAUGUAGACGAUACAGCAAAGAGGAAAUCUGGGUCAGAGAUGAGACCUGCCAGAGCCAAGUUUGACUUUAAAGCGCAGACACUGAAGGAACUUCCUCUGCAGAAAGGAGACAUUGUUUACAUUUACAAGCAGAUUGACCAGAACUGGUAUGAAGGUGAACACCACGGCAGAGUCGGCAUCUUCCCACGGUCAUACAUAGAGCUCCUCCCACCCGCUGAGAAAGCUCAGCCCAAAAAGCCGUCACCGUUGCAAGUGUUGGAGUACGGAGAUGCCAUUGCCAAGUUCAACUUCAACGGGGAUACCCAAGUGGAAAUGUCCUUCAGAAAGGGUGAGAGGAUCACGCUGAUCCGGAGAGUGGAUGAGAACUGGUACGAGGGCAGGAUCUCGGGCAGCGCUCGCCAGGGCAUCUUCCCUGUCACCUACGUGGAGGUGCUCAAGCGGCCGGUGGUGAAGAACGCCGUGGACUAUCCCGACCCGCCGCCGUCACUGUCGCCCAGCCGCAGCGCCACGGCCUCGCCGCAGCAACCUCAAGCACAGCAGCAAGGAGCCAGCCCUGACAGAAGUCAGACACCACGAGACAUAGUUAGCUACCAAGCCCUCUACAGCUACACUCCUCAGAACGAUGAUGAGCUGGAGCUGAGGGACGGUGACAUUGUGGACGUCAUGGAGAAGUGUGACGACGGCUGGUUUGUGGGUACGUCCAGGAGAACGAGGCAGUUUGGCACCUUCCCGGGCAACUACGUGAAGCUUCUGUACCUGUGACGUGGGCGAGCCCAGCCUGGCAGCGCUGGGAGUUGUUCUCCAGAUGGUGUUUUUAAGCAGUGACGAAACAGGCGAUUUGUGAAUGUAGCAGAGGCGAGGCGCGUUAGAGGAUGUGCUUACGUGGGACAGUCCUGAGCUGAAUGUGUAGCCCUGCUUUCCCAGAUUCAGGGUGUGAUCCGUUUGCUGAAGAAGAGACAGUUUCUAGUUUACAGUGCUGCCUCUGUGUAUUCCUCUCCCCUCCACAGCAAGAGUUCUGGCAGUAAUGUUAACUCGUAUGGAGUACUUGCCUCUGAGAAGGCUUCAGGGAAGCACACGGCCUUGGUUUUGUUUGUGUGUUGAGAUAGGAUAGUGCUUUUGGGCAGCACACGGCCUUGCAGCUGCUCCCUUGCCCUGGCAAGGUGCAGGGGGGGGGCAGGCUUUCUGCUCGGUUUCUGCCUCACAAGCCUCACUUUGCUCUGCCUUCCACUCCCACAGAAAACCCUUCCUUCGUGUCGUGCACCUUAGGACCCAGCAGAGGCAAAGGCUGACGCGGUGGAGCUGCGGUUGAGCUGCAGAGCUCCGUGUGGCUCAGGGGUUUGGGGCGGGUGGUUUAAUGCAGGAAGCUCAGCCACAGCGUCAUGAGUAACCCAGACCCUUGAGUAACCUUGAACCCCAGACCCUUGAGUAACACCUGCGCUGUCUCUGCAGGGCUUUCCCCCUUGGUGCAGGGAGUGUGUGUGUGUGAGUGUGUCACGUGCAUCAAAACCAACCGAGUCCUGGGUCUGAAGGAGAAACCAGCCUUUGACAUUUACCUGCACAAAGAACAGAACCAAUAGAACAUCCCCGAGAGCAAAUCCUGCCACGAGUCCUAUGGCCACUCACUUUCUCUGCCUCUCCUGCCCUGUUCUGGCCCUGAAGGCUCAUACCCUUCUCAAAGAGUACUCUUUGGGAUGGAGGCUUUUCUUCCUCCCCAGCAGCAAAUCUUAGAGGCUCUGCUAAAUCUGAGCAACAUAUCACUGAGGGUGCCUUUUCUUUUCCCCUGUAGGUUCCAGUGUCGAUGAUAGGUCUCAAAUACAAAUCCAUGCAAUCGGGCUGCCUCUUAGUCAGUUUGGAAAGCUGUUCCCAGCACUUACCACCAGUUACCUAGGUUUGUAUUUUCUCGAGAAGAAAAAAAGCCCAGAAGCCCCCAGCAAACCAUGGCUUGGCUGUAAAUCACCCUGGACACCCUUUUGAUAGCCCUUUUGUUACGGAGAGGAAGCAGAGACCCGGGCGGUGGGCUCGGACCCCGCCUGGUCCAGUGACCACGCCAACAGCAAAAGGGGUAGAUUGCUAUUUUGUCAUAGAGCCCUAUUUAAUAAUAUAAGAUGCCUAUUUUUAUGCUGAUGCUUUUAUACAGAUUUAUUAAGAGUUAACUACAACUAACUGUUAGCACGACUCGCAUUGUUUUGAUAACAGUAGCCCUGCUCCUGGGUUCGGAACCAAGCGGGCUCGGGGCAGAGAGAGGGCUGCUGGCUCAGCAGCUCCACUGUAAAUAUGUACAGUGACCUUUGUACAGACAGUGUACUUACCUUGUAUAGAGAAAGUAAUUUAAACACAUGGAGUGAAGGGAAGGGGGGGGGAAACGAGAGGUAAAACCAAGAGGCGGUUGUGAAAGGUUGGGGAUUCUCCCCUGCUUUUAUUUAAGUGAUGGAGCUGGGUGGAUGUUGACACAAAGAGUUUGAGCACCAAAUCUAUCCGUCGUGGAAGGGUUUCAGGUAUGACACACAGCACCACUGUUUCUUUCCCGCAGGAGACACCUUUAGUCCUGCACCUUAUUUUAUGGGUUUGGUUUUCUGCUUUCUUGGGUUUGCCCUCCAGUUACUUGCUGCAGUAUUUAGGCCUGUUGCUAAGACUGGAUAACACCAAAUUAAUCUAGCCAGCAAAAUACCACGGUGAUACUGACUGUAUAUAACAUGCUCACUUCAAGGUUUCUAUUUUGUUCUCGCCCUUGCUGUUUUAAGUUACACACACACACACACACAUGAACUGCAACUUACUUUUGUGUUGAUUUAUUUUGUUUCUUAUUGCAGUGGAUUACUAUUUGACAAUUAAUAAAUGGAAUUAUACUAC